GUCUGGGUUUAUGGUAGAAGUACGUGAAUAUGGUGACGAUCAGCACUGAUACUGAGGAGAGCUUGAGAGAAAAAAUGGAGAAUCAGAAACCAAACACACAACUGCUACAAGACGUUUUGUGUGAUUCCUGUAUGGAGACCCCGAGCAAAGCGCUCAAAUCCUGCCUGACGUGUCUGGUUUCCUACUGCGAAGCCCACCUCAGACCCCAUCUGGAGAAUGCCAAAUUUCAGAACCAUCGUUUGGUGGAUCCACUCCAUGACAUUGACCGUCAGACCUGUGAGGUUCAUCAACUUCCCCUCGAGAGCUUCUGUUUUCUGGAUGGCUGCUGCAUCUGUGCGGACUGCGAGGGUCAGGAGCACCACGGGCACGAGACAAUAUCUGUGGAGGAAGCUCGAGGAAACAUUGAGACUGAACUCCUGCAGAAACAUCAGAAAAUCACUCAAACUGUCUCAGAUGUAGAGAAAGUGAUACUAAAAUUACAAAGCAAUGGCGUUUUAAUUAAGUCUUCAGUACAGGAGCUGUGUGUUAUGGUUGAAGAGCAGUUCACCAAGCUGCAGAAAACUGCAGAGGAGGCCAGAACCAGGGUGGAGGCGGUGCUGAAAGGACAGCAGAACCAAGCUCUGAGACAAGUAGAGGGCAUCCAGGCACAUCUGGAGCAGAAGAGGGUCGAGAUGAUGAAAACUGCAGCCAAGAUGAACAAACUGUCUAAGAGCAAAUCUGAUGUUGAUUUUCUAAAGGAUUACACAGAGUGGGGAAAAAGAUUGCCAGAUGUAUGCAUCCCCACUGUGCACAUCAGUCGACUGGACCAUUUACAACAAUGCGUUCAAGCAGUGACUGAUGUAACUCAGGAGCUGUGUGGCCUGAUUUUGGACUCCUACAGUGAAAAAAUGAGCUCCAUCUGCAAAAGUGCAGGUGCUAAACACUCCAUGCAAGAGUGUGCGCCAUCUUCUCUGCCUGAUCCUGCGACCCAGGAGGACUUUUUGACAUACACAACGAGAUUGACCUUUGACCCUGACACCACUCAUCAUUUUCUACGUCUGACAGCGGACAACCGAAAGUUAACCAACACCAGCCCCUGGCAACACAGCUACCCUGACCACCCCAGUCGAUUUAAAUAUUGGCGUCAGGCCUUGACAUUGGAGAGCCUCUACUUGGGAAGAUAUUACAUUGAGGCAGAGCUGAGUGGGGAGGGCGCCCACAUUGGAGUCACUUACAAAAGCAUAGAUCGUAAAGGAGAGGAAAGCAGUAGCUGCAUCACUGGGAAUGAUUUUUCUUGGUGCGUCGGAAGAAACAGCAGAGGUUUCUCUGCCUGGCAUGCUGGGGAGGAGACUCCUUUGGAAGUCUCAGAAGUCACCAGGGUUGGCAUAUAUCUGGACUUUCAACGCGGCUUGGUGUCUUUCUACGAUAUAACAGGCCCUAUGAUGCUACUCUACACAUACAUUACUGACUUCAUAGAGCCCCUAUAUGUUACGGCCUGGCUGUCAAAGAAAGACAAUGUUGUGACUCUGGUUCAUGCAAAAUGACGGCAACACGUUUUCU